AUGUCAGUGGAUGAGAUCGCGGAGUCGCUGUCGAGCCUUAGCCUGCAAGGUAAUGCGAACUUCCGUUCCGCCCGCGGCGAAGUUUACACCGUCGACACUGCCACUGGUGAGACGUUCAUCAAGGGAACGCAGCGGAAGGAUGGCAGCUACCGCCGCGACAUAAAGGACGAGCAAGGCACGUAUGUUCCGCGCUUCCGCCGGUCUCCACAGACAGCUACACCAGCAUGUAUCGCAACAGACGAAGCGAAGAAGCACGGCGAGGUGCAAUCGGCGGAAGUCAAGGGCAGGUCGUGGCGCUCUGUGCCCAGGAGCACCGAUCGUAAAGAGAGAAAGGAUAUCGUUACUGUCAGCGCAGCCUCGGAUGGCAAAACAAAUGAAGGUGUGGCUCAACGUCGCAUAAGCGAUGUCGCUUCGCCAUCCUGGCGGAAGCCAGAUUCUACGAGUUCGAGGUCUGCAAAUACCGCCAGCGCUGUGGCUGACGAUGAAAGUGCCGUAAGCAAGUAA